UGGCUGUCUGUAAGAUUCGUUUCAGGCGUCGUUGCCCUUAACAUGAAAGGGAAGAGGGCGUCGACGGUUGCCGCAUAUGUUGCUCGCUUAAAUAAAAUAUGACAAAUUUGUCGAGACAGUCUGAAAAAUUUAGAUAGACAAAAGGACUAUAUUUUAAUAUCUGGCCGCGUCGUUCCGCGAAUUGGCUCAUAUGAUUUAUAUGAAAAUUAAUCUUGAAAGUGGAUUUAUCCUUCGAAAUUUUGACCGCAGGGAGGACUUUUAUAUCGGCUAAACAUAAAACGGAGGGCACUUUCUUAAAGGGAUCGUACCACACGUGAAGUCCAUUAGCUAGUCUGUUAGCUACAGCUAAAAAUCUAUAGCCGAGAUAUCGCUGGAGUCGUUUAACUGACCAGCCAGGUUUUGUUUUUUUGUUUUUUUUUUUUUUUUUUUUGUCUUUCCAACUUAAAAUGGCUUCACUUGUAUUGCCAGCCAACAUCAGCGUCGUUUUACUGGAUAUCGAGGGAACCACAACGCCGAUAACUUUUGUUAAGGACAUUUUAUUCCCGUACAUCAGGGAGCAUCUGGAGGAGUAUCUGUCUGCACACUGGGAAGAGGACGAAUGCAAACAAGACGUGCAGCUCCUAAAAAAGCAGGCGGAAGAAGAUGCUCGGCAACAUCGGGCCGGCCCGGUCCACAGCGUGGAUCAGACGGUGCACACUGACGAGGAGAAGGCUAUCCGCGAGGUUGUGGACAACGUGCUGUGGCAGAUGGCAGCCGACAGGAAGACCACUGCACUAAAGCAGCUGCAGGGACACAUGUGGAGGACGGCAUACAUGUCUGGGAAAAUCAAAGGCGAAUUGUACCAGGAUGUGGUUCCUGCCAUCAGGAGUUGGAGAAGACACGGUCUGAAGGUUUAUGUCUAUUCCUCAGGAAGUGUGGAGGCACAGAAGCUGCUGUUUGGUUACUCUGUUGAAGGCAAUGUUUUAGAUCUGUUUGAUGGCCAUUUUGACACCAACAUGGGACUUAAAGUAGAGAGCAAAAGCUACCAGAGGAUAGCAGACCGAAUUGGCUGUUCCCCUGAAGACAUCAUAUUCCUUACUGAUGUCACACGGGAAGCGAAAGCUGCAGAAGAGGCAGGUGUGAACGUGGCUGUAGUGGUGCGGCCAGGGAACAUGGAGCUGACUGAGGAAGAACAGUCCCACUAUCACCUCAUCACCUCCUUCCACCAGCUGGAAAUGGCUGGCUCUGCCUAGGAACAUUCAUGCACAGCUGCUCACUGGAACAACCAGACUGCAGUGGAAAGAGUCGUUAAUAGUCACCAGGUGCUUGGGCACUGGCCCACUGUAAGGACAUACCUGAGCCUUUUUUUUUUUUUUUUAAUUUUCACAUAUUUAAGUUUUUUUUUUUUUUUUUUUUUUAAAUGUCCGUGUGUUGCAUAAUGCAGUAUUGUAUGACCACAUGCAAUGGUUAUUAAAAAUGUUUGACGAUGGAGUUCUUCAAAGUUAUUCUACACAUUCUUUUAUAUGGGUUCUUUAUUUUUAUUUAUUCAAUAUGUAUCUGUUCAGUAAGGUGAAGCCCAUUGUCAUGUAACACGGUUGGCUAUGCUGAAUUAAGGCAUUUUUUUUCAGUGCACCAAAACAAACUGACAUGCACUACUUGCAUCCAAAUCUUCAGUCAUCCCCAGUGAUUGACAACUGUUGUUCUCCAUGAGUAAAUGUUUUUACCUUUAAUACUUUACAACUUUAAAGUUCAGAAUCCCUGCCUCAGAAAAAAAAAAAUAUUUACUAAAGUCAAUAUACACUGAGGCAAACAGGUGUUAAGAGUAUAUUAAGUUCAAGUUCUAUAUCAAAUUGGCUGACAUUCAUGAUGUAAAAAUGGUUAUUUACAGGCAAUUAAGUGAGCCCUCAAAAAACAGGCUCCUAUCUUUAAAAAAAAAAAAAA